AUGCCUGCCCAACGGACCCGCAUCAAAGACCUCCUCUCUGCCGAGAAUUCCGGCGACGUCACUGGCCCGGUCAACGUGAAGGGCUGGGUGAAGACCGUCCGUUCCUCCGGCGGUGUGGCCUUCGUGCAGAUCAACGAUGGCUCCACCCUGGCCGACCUGCAAGUUGUGGUCGGCGCAGACUGCCCCGACUACUCGCUGGUGAACGGCCUGACCACGGGGUGCAGCGUCAGCGCCGACGGCGUCCUGCAGGAUUCGCUGGGCCGGGGCCAGAAGUUCGAGAUCGUCGCGGCGAGCCUGGAGCUCAUCGGCGGAGCGGACCCCGAGGAAUACCCCCUUCAGAAGAAGCGGCACACCCUGGAGUUCCUGCGAGAGUUGGCCCACCUGCGCCCGCGCACCAACACCUUCGGCGCCGUCGCCCGCGUGCGUAACGCCAUGGCCUUUGGCAUUCAUAAAUUCUUCCAGGAGCGGGGCUUCCUCUAUAUCCAGACCCCCAUCAUCACCGCCAGCGACGCCGAGGGGGCCGGCGCCAUGUUCCGCGCCACCACGUUGGACCUCAACAACCUGCCCCUGGCCGAGGGCCUGGUGGACAACGACGCCGAUUUCUUCGGGCGGCCGGCUUUCCUCACCGUCAGCGGCCAACUGGAGGCGGAGAUAUUCGCGCAGGCCAUGUCGGACGUGUACACCUUCGGCCCGACCUUCCGCGCCGAAAACUCCAACACGUCGCGUCACCUGGCCGAGUUCUGGAUGGUCGAGCCCGAAGUCGCCUUCUGUGACCUCGACGGGUUGGCGCAGUUGGCUGAGGAUUUCCUGCGCAACCUCUUCUCCCACGUGCUGGAAACCUGCCCCGAGGACCUGGCCUUCUUCAACCGUUUCUACGACAAGGAACUCGUCCAGACCCUUGAGGACAUCGCCAACUCCGACUUCGAGCGCAUGACCUAUACCGAGGCCGUCGCCGCCCUUCAGGCCUCCGGCGAAUCCUUCGAGUACCCGGUAGAGUGGGGCGCUGACCUCCAAUCCGAGCACGAGCGGUACCUUACCGAGCGCAAGGUGGGCCGACCCGUCAUCGUCACCGACUACCCCAGCAGCAUCAAGGCUUUCUACAUGCGCCUCAAUGAUGACGGCGAGACCGUGCGGGCCCUGGACGUGCUGGUGCCCCGCAUCGGCGAGAUCAUCGGCGGCAGCCAGCGCGAGGAACGGCUGGACGUGCUGCAGCGUCGUAUGGCCGAGGCUGGCCUGGACGACGCCCCCUACUGGUGGUACCUGGACCUGCGCCGCUACGGCACCGCGCCCCACGCCGGCUUCGGGCUGGGCUUCGAGCGCACCGUGCAGUUUGCCACCGGCAUGCAGAACAUCCGCGACAUCAUCGCCUUCCCCCGCACGCCGCGCAACGCCGAAUUCUGA